GUCAAAAAGACGAAAUAAAAAUAAAAUACUUUUGUUUGUUCUAGUUGGAAUUCUAGCUAUUUUGCUCCAUGUUCCAGGUUUAACCUGGCCGCAUCUGUGAUUGGGAGAGUGCUGCAGCGAAAACAGUCUUCGAUGCAUAUCGAUAUGUCUAAGAAAUGGCUGGAAGGGAAGGGGUUUCUGCUGGAUAUCACCGGAGUGCUGUACGAUAGUUGUGGCGCGACGGGAACCGCUAUUCCCGGGUCCAUCGAAGCCCUGCAGCUGCUACGACAGCAUCAUGUUCCCUUCCGUUUUAUCACCAACGAAAGCACCUCCGACCGCCAGCACUUGGCCGUGAAACUCAACACGCUGGGCUUUGAGAUCGGCGCGGAAGAGAUCAUCGCACCAGCACCACAGGUUGUCAAGAUUCUGCGCGAACGCGGUCUGCGCCCAUUCCUCCUAGUAAAAGACACCGUCCUCCCCGAAUUCGCCGGCCUCAACACCAUGAACCCCAACUGCGUGGUGAUGGGCGACGCGCAGGACAACUUCUCCUACGAGAACAUCAACCGCGCCUUCUCCGUCCUCAUCAACCUCGCACAGCCGGUCCUCAUAUCCAUGGGCUGCGGCCGGUACUACAAAGAGACCGACGGCUUAAAAAUGGACGUGGGGGCCUACUGCAAGGGCCUAGAGUACGCCUGCGGCAUCCAGGCGGAAUACUGCGGCAAACCCGAUCCCCGUUUCUUCCAGGCGGCCCUGGACAGUCUCGGGCUGGAGUCGGACACGGUGGUGAUGGUGGGGGAUGAUGUGCGGAAUGAUGUGAACGGGGCGCAGAAGGCCGGGAUGAUGGGGGUGCUGGUGCAGACGGGGAAGUAUCGGACGGGCGAUGAGGGACGCGGGGAGAAGCGGCCCGAUGCUGUGAUGGGGAAUCUGCUGGGGGUGGUCAGAGCGUAUUUGGAUGCCGCGAAAUAAGCCGGAUAGACGAUUGGUAAAUAAAUUUUACAAUUUUUUUCCUCGGUGAAUAUAGGCUGGAAGCUUUUUUUUGUUUUACUGGUGUUUUUUGAUUCCCGGACGUGCCUUUAUUAGACCAGAUUUAUCGGAUAAUCUACGAGUUAUCGGAAUAUAUUGUUGACAUAAUCUCUGCAGGAUAAUUCAGCUGACGUUGUUAAGGCUACAAUUUAUCGCGAAGCGUUGUUGAAGUUUGAUUUUCCACUGGUGGAGUUGCAAAUGCAUUGUAAAAUUUAAACAAAAAUGCGAAA